CCUUAGUAUGGCACCGGGACGUGUGUAUCCUCCAUCGGACAAGCCUAUUGCUUUGCUUGACCUUCUACACUUUCAUCUUGUUCAUAACCCAUAUUUUCCGAUCUACAUCUUCCCAAACGAUGACGAUACUCUCACAGAAAUUUCUUUCCUCGAGUUCACUCGCGCUGUCCACCGCGUCGCUCACAUUGUUCGACCAAAUCGCUCAGGCCAAGAUGGCGAGAUCGUUGCACUCAUCGCAAAUACGGACACGCUGCUUUAUCAUGCCAUAGGAGCAGGUAUGAUUUUGGCAGAUAUAGUGGUAGGUCCUUACAUCACUUCCUUACUGUGCUAAAUCUCCCCAAUUCGUAUAUUCAGCCUUUUUACAUGUCCCCUCGUAACUCAACCCCAGCAGUGGCCAGCAUGCUUCAAAAAACUGCAUGUAACCGUAUAUUUACCAUUCCCUCUGUUCAUGAAUCUCUCAUUUCUGGCCUCGACGGCCUUGGAGGCCCAGCUCUCCAAUUCCAGACUAUACCUACCCUUGCUCAGGUAUUUCCCAACCUUGGGAAGGAGAAAUCACAUUAUCCUUUCGAACCUUACCCCGAAGCUGCAAUAACCCCUGCGUUAGAUGCUGUCUUUUUGUAUCUCCACUCCUCAGGGAGCACCGGUUACCCCAAACCAAUACCACUAACAAACCGCUGCCAGCUACACUGGCUUCAACAGCCUCUUCCUCCUUUUCACAGUUUAGGUAAUUGUAUGCAGUUGUACACGCCCCUUAUAUCUGUUAUCACCGUUGCGCUUUACGCUCCGACUUCGUUCCACGAUCCAACUGCUCCUCCAGUCAUCCCGACAUCAGAAAAUAUAUUAGAUAAUUUGAGGAAAACGGGGGCAAAUUGUAUCAUAGUCGUGCCAUCAUUUCUUGAACAAUGGGCUUGGGACGAAAAAGCCGUGGAAACACUGAAGAACAUGUCCCUCGUGCUCUAUGGUGGCGGGCCUCUAUCUUCCAAAGUUGGUGACGCUCUAUGCGCAGCUGGCGUGUCUUUGGCUGUUCAGUAUGGAACUACAGAAUUCGGUGCUCCUACUCAGUUACCGGACAAAGUGCAACUUGAGAAUGGUUUAUGGGAAUGGAUGCGCUUCGGCCUGUCAGUAUUGAUCAGAUGGGUGCAUCAGGGCGAUGAAACAUACGAAUGCCAGCUACUGACCACUGAGAAAUAUCAAAUGGCCGUCGAGAAUAUGUCGGAUGUGAAAGGCUACGCAACAUCUGAUCUCUUUGUCAAGCAUCCUACGCACGAGGGUCUCUGGAAGAUAAUUGGCCGCACAGAUGAUGUACUCACUUUGGCGUCUGGUGAGAAAACCGUCCCUGCUAUGAUGGAAGGUAUCAUAAGCUCCAGCGCACAUGUAAAUGGAGUGAUUAUGUUUGGGCGAGGACGCAAUCAGGUUGGGGUCUUGGUUGAGCCGAGAAGUGCUCACGUGGAUCUAGCAGAUAAUAAAGCGAUAGAAGAGUUCAGGAAUCGAAUAUGGUAUGAAGUUGAUGAAGCAAACAAAAACGCUCCUACGUUUAGCCGAAUCUUUAAGGAGAUGAUUCUCAUCACGUCUCCCGACAAACCAAUGUUUCGUGUUGGAAAAGGGACGACUUCUAAAAACGCCACUCUCAAAGCAUAUGAAGAGGAAAUUGAUGCUCUGACGGUAGAAGCUAGCACGAAAAUAGGCAAUAGUACGGCGCCGCCAUCAGAAUGGACAGUAUCUACCCUCGAGCACUGGCUGAAUGAACAAGCUACGGAAUUGGCAUUGGGUACUAUCGUUGUGCCUAAUAUUGAUCUUUUCGCGCAGGGUUUCGAUAGUCUGAGCGCGACAUUCCUUCGUAAUCGCAUCAUCGGAGCCAUGCGAUCAUUUCCUGACCUUCAAUUACGAGCGGCCGCAAGGCGCAUCCCACACAACCUCGUUUUCGAAUGCCCAAACAUCAAGCUCCUAGCGGAUAGAGUCGCUAAAAUCGCUGGGCAACCACAAAGCCAGGUAAAUGAGCAAGUAAAAGGGAGUGCUCUACAUGACGCAAAAAUGGAGAUCGAGACCAUGCUCGGGAAAUAUAGCGCUGAGCUACGUAGGACCAAGAAGACUAACGGCUCUCAUGUUGAGUCUAGUGCUAGCACAAAAGCGGGAAGGACUGUGGUGCUCUUGACCGGAUCGACAGGUGGAUUGGGUUCGUACUUACUGGCUUCAUUGUUGAAGAACGAAGAGGUCGCAAAAGUAUAUGCAUUGAAUCGACAUUCUAAAGCAAGCAGAGUUCAGCAAAGACAGACCGCAGUAUUUGAAGAUCGGGAAUUAGAUGUGGCUUUGCUGAAGUUGGAUAAACUCAUAUUCAUCGAAGCUGACGCCACAGCUGAGCGGUGCGGACUCAAUGAACAAACCUAUGAUCAGCUUCGGCAAUCGGUGACUGUCAUUAUACAUAGUGCAUGGCGGGUAGAUUUCAACCUUCCCUUGUCUUCAUUUGAACCCAACGUCCGUGGAACAUUCCAACUCGUCGAUCUUGCAUUAUCAUCCACUCUUCACAGCACUCCUCGAUUCCUGUUUAUAUCAUCAGUAGGAUCCGCUCAAGGCUGGGAUCGUAGCAGAGGUGCUUUUCCAGAGGAUGUACAACUUGAUGCCAGUGUGGCAGUCGGAUCUGGCUAUGGCGCCAGUAAGUACAUCGCAGAACGGCUCGUUACUAGCAGUGGGCUCAAUGCGACAUCUCUUAGGCUGGGUCAGAUCGCUGGAGGCCCAAAUGGUGCGUGGACGUUGAGUGACUGGUUUCCGAUUCUUGUUAAGUCGAGUUUGGCCCUGGGGAAAUUCCCCAAUAUACAAGCUUAUGUUUCGUGGAUGCCCGCAGAGAAAGUUUCUGCAGCGAUUCUGGAUGUAGCAUUAGCAAAACAUGCUCCCCCACCAGCAUUGAACAUAGUGCACCCUCACCCAGUCUCAUGGCCAGAUGUUCUGAAGCCCGUGCGCGAUGCUGUGGUAGCGAAGAAGCGACUUCCAAAAGAAUCAUUACCUUUUGUCAGGAUGAGCGAAUGGGUUGCCCUGUUGGAAAUGCGAGCAGAAGAAGCGACAGAAUCGGACAUCAAUGCCAUCCCCGCUAUCAAGCUUUUGGACUGGUUUCGUGCAUUAGCUGGUGUUGAUGAAGACUUGCAGCGUACUGGGCGAACAGAUGUAGAAGUAGGAGGCAUCGUGAAAAUGGUAACUGAAAAAGCUCAGAGUAUUAGCGCAACAUUGAGUGGACUAUCACAAAUCGGACAGGCAGAUGCUAAACUUUGGGUAGAUUAUUGGAUUGCAAGAGGCUUGUUCUGAUAUAUCUGAUAUACCUGUCUCAGAUAAAUACAUAAAUUGACUCAGGUUGGCGCUUCAGUUGUAAAUUCGAUCCUGCCCCAAUAUAUGCUGCAUCCAUUAAAUUGAAUAUGAAA